AUGACAUGUAAUGCUAACUGGCCAGAAAUCAAGGACGAGUUAGCUACUGGUGAGCGAGCACAAAACAGACCUGAUUUUCUUGCUAGAGUUUUUAGAGCAAAAUUGAUUACCCUAAUAAAAAGAGAAAUCACGGAGAGAAUGGUUUUUGGAGAAGUUGCUGCAAUGACUGUUUGUGUUCAUCCUCAUGAAAGGCUUCAAGCUACUGUUUCAAAUUCUAAGCGGUCUAAAACUCAAUUGACCAAAUUCUUUGCAAAGAAUGUUGCCUCUGAAGCUGGGUUGGGAUACUUAUAUGGUGAAUUUUGUGAGCACUACACUUGGGAUAAUAAUGGUAAGAAGUGGAGUCAAAGGGUCCAGAAUAAGCUAUCAAUUGGGAGAUUAGCAUUUGUCUAUCCUGUAGAAGGUGAACGGUUUUUCCUAAGACUUUUAUUGCUAAAUGUAAGAAGCCAUAGGGCAUUUGAAGAUUUACGAACUGUUAAUGGUCAUCUUUAUCCAACUUUUCAAGAAGCUGUUGUAAAACUUGGACUUAUAGAAGACGAUGAUGCAGCUGAUUUAACAUUAGCUGAAUCUUGUGAGACUCAUAUGCCUGCUGCCUUACGCUGGUUAUUUGCAACAGUUCUUAUAUUUUUCCAACCAAAUGAUCCUACUGCUUUAUAG